AUGGCACCGCAAGAUCUCAAUGUCGCUAUUUUGGGCGCCGGAAUGGGCGGCCUCACGUCCGCCCUGGCCCUCGCUGAAAAGGGCUUCAAGCACAUCGACGUCUAUGAAACGGCGUCGGACCUCGGCUUCGUGGGUGCUGGCAUCCAGCUCGCGCCGAAUAUGGCUCGGGUGCUUGACCACCUUGGUGUCUGGAAGGGGAUCGAGGCCGAGGCUGUGAAUAUUGAGGAGACGAGUGUUCGAGUCGGCGCAUCCAACACCGAACUCGCCCACGUCGACCUGCACUACAUCGAGUCAACCUACGGCUACAAACACAUGGUCGGCCACCGGUACUCGCUAGCCAACGGCCUCUACCAGGGCUGCCUCAAGCACAGCGACAAGAUCACCUUCCACUUCGCGCACCCCGUCACAGAAGUCCACUCCUUCGGACGCGGCACCCAAUCCAAGCCCUCCUUCACCGUCACCCCCCGCGACACAUCCAAGCAGCCCUACCAGGAAACAGCCGACAUCCUCCUCGCAGCGGACGGGAUCAAAUCCAUCGCCCGCGUCGCAAUGCUAAACGACCUAUCCAUCAUCCCCGUCCCCGACGUAAAAGACACAAACCAAGCCGCGUACCGCAUCAUGAUCCACAAGGCCCAGAUCGAGGCCGACCCCAACGCAGACGCCGACCUCAAGGCCCUCCUCGCAAGCAACAAGGUCGUCCGCUGGAUCGGCGAGAAGCGCCACAUCAUCGCGUACCCGGUCUCCAACAACACAAUCUACAACCUGAGCACCACGCAGCCGGACAGCAAUUUCGCCGCCGCCACAAACGCAACGUACACGACCAAGGGCUCGAAGACCGCCAUGCUCGGCGUCUUCGGCGACUUCUGCCCGCUCGUCCAGCGCAUGCUGAAUUAUGUGCCCGAGGGCGAAGUCUGCGAGUGGAAGCUGCGCACGCACGAGCCGCUUCCAACGUGGGUGGACGGGUGUGCGGCGCUCGUUGGCGACGCGUGCCACCCUACGCUCCCGCAUCUGGCGCAGGGGGCGGCGCAGGCGAUUGAGGAUGGGGCCGUGCUGGCGGUUGUUCUUUCGAGACUGCCCGCCACCGACGCGGAGAGCAUCAACAAGGCGCUGAAGGUGUAUGAGAUGGUGCGCAAGGAGCGUGCGUAUGCGCUUGUUGAGCUGGCGGCUGCGAGUGGGCGGGCGCUGCAUCUGGGUGAGGGUGCGGCGAAGGAGGAGCGCGACAAGCAGUUUGCUGCGCUGAAGGCGGGCAAGGGGCCUGUGCCGGAUAAGUGGGCGGAUGCGGAUGUGCAGCGGGAGAUCUAUGGGUUUGAUUGUGUGAAAGAGGCGGAGGAGAGGUUUGAGGAGUAUUUUGGGCUUGUUGCUGCGGAUGCGUAG